CACACGACCCACACUGCCUGCUAUAUGAUCUCUUGGAAAAUAGCAUUUCGUGUCUUUCUGUGCUCUUUGAUGAUGCUGAACCCUUAUUUACAUUGUGAUCUAACAGGCGAGGAAAGAUGCCUUCUCAACAACCCUGACGCCUUUCUCUUCCUUAUGCUCCCCCCUCCCUUCACCUCAUCUCCUUCCCCCUGACCCUUCCCUGUCUCCCCUUUCUCAAGUUCCCUUUCCUUAAACCCCCUAUUCUCCCUUUCACCUUUCACCCCCUUGACAAUGUUCUCAUGUGUUUACUGGCUUCAGCCUUUCCUCGCUUUGCUCUCCUCUGCCUUAGUCACUUGGGCUCAAAACUGUCCAUCCAGCUGCAUGUGUCCAGAUCAUCACACCGUGGACUGCACCGGUCGAGGGCUCACCCGUUUACCAGACUCCUUCCCUCUGGACACACGGAGGCUCAUUUUGUCCAAUAACUGGAUACCUGGGAUCCCUUCAGAUUUUUUAGUUCUCUACAGUGAUCUGGUGUACCUGGACCUGCGGAAUAACUCUCUGACCAGGCUGGAGCCAGGGACGCUGACCAGCUCCUCCAGGCUUGUCUACUUGGACUUGGGAAGCAACAACUUAACCGAGAUCCCUUCGGGAACUUUUGGAGAAUCGCGCAGCCUGAUCAAGCUUCGUCUGGGUAACAACCCCUAUCUAAGCAUGGUGAGCGAGGGUGCCUUUUCAGGCCUCACUUCCUUACGAGAGCUGGAGCUGGAGAAGAAUGGCCUCUCUGGCCUGGAUGUCAGAGUGCUGAGCCAACUGCCUUCCUUGAGAUUAAUACAUCUGGAGGGGAACCCCUGGGUGUGUAAUUGUCAUUUUGCCAAAUUGUUUUUCUGGCUGAAUGAAAAUCGUCACAAGCUCUCAACUGGACUGGAGGGAAUGGACUGCUCACUCCCAAUGGACGGACGGCAGAUCUCUCUCAACAUGCUUUCUGAGGAGAGCUUCCGGGAAUGUCAGGGAGUAUUGUCACUUAAAGACUAUCUCAUAGUUAUUUUCUCUGGGAUCUGUAUAUCAGUAGCUGCUAUUAUUGCCAGCUUCUUCUUGGCCUCCAUCAUCCACUGCUUCCAGCGACUUAAAGCCAAGAGGACAGAUGAGGAGGAGGGGGAUGAGUGAGUUUCAGCUAUGCUUCAGAGCCUUGCCCUGGACAGAUUUACUAUUAUUGCACCUCAGUUUGGAUGACGGAUGGAGUGUCAUGUGUCCAUAUAAAAAGUCCCCAGAUUAAUAUAUUGGAGUGAGUAAGGUGGGGCUGAAUAAGCCACCAUAUGCCCAGUGACUCACAACCUUUUUGAAUGAUGCAAAAUGUCGGAGCACUUUUAUACUUGAAUACAAAUUACUCAACCAAGCCUUAAAGUGUAAACUGUUCUAGUAACAACACCACAUAAAUGUGUUCCAGGUUUCUGUAUUCCAGCUGUUAAUUACUGAGGUACUGAGCAAAAUCAUUCAUAGCAUAUUGUCACGAACUUGCUAUUUUUAUGUAAAUCAGCAAGGGAGCUAAUGGUUUCUGUUAUUUUUUGCUAAUGUGGAAUUCAAUCUCCCUGAAAUCUUGUAAGGUUUGUAAACUUGCACUUUAUGAUAGAUGAUAUAUUGCACAUAAUCCCAGUAAGCCAUAAAGUAGGCUUUCAUAUUGACUCAGGUCACCAAAGAAUUUCCUAGAAAUUAGUAUUUUAUUACUGAGACUGGAACGGGUGGGUGAGGGAUCGAGAUAUGCAUACUAAAGCUCUAAUCACUGAUGUCGAUAGAAAUGUACAAACUGCUCACAGCUACUUGGAUAUCAUGCUUCCCAUUUACAAGAUGAUGUACUUAUAUUUCAAGUGUAACCAGAGGACAACCAGCGAU